GGGAGGGCCAAUUCUCCCGUUUGAAACUGAUCACGUGGCAAAUUUCAAACGAAAACUACUCAGGCGCUGAUUGUCUUGUUUUACUACAUGCAGAUAGACGUCUGGCAGAGAUAUCUCACAACCUCGAUCGCCCGUUUUGUAGGUUGCGAUUGACUGACUGAUUGAAAGAAAGACUUAUGAAAGGGGGGGGGAGCCCAGCAAUCUUUUUUUUGUUUCAAAAUGAACUACAAACUACAUUUCCCACAAUCCUGUUUAGUAGGAAGUCCAGUCCGUUGGGGGGACUACAGGAGGAGGAAAUGAAGUGGGGGUUGAACUGAAGCGGUUUUUUAAAAUUAAAUGAAAACUGGACUGUCUGAAAAAUGUUGCUCCAGGCACUUGCAGAAACAUCCUCCAUUUUCUCUGUAAGUGGAGUCAAGGAACGGAUGAAAGAAAAGAAAAAUGGUGUCUUAAAGACAGCAAAGCUGAAUGCUUCUCUUGCAUCAAAGAUCAGAACAAAAGCAAUAAAUAACUCCUCUAUAAUGAAGGUCUCCCUAAAACAGAACAACAAAGCGUUAGCUUUGGCUCUCAGUGCUGCAAAGAUAGCUGCUCAAAGGCUUACUGAAGACAAAAUGCUACUGCAGAAAGAAGUGGAGUUGUGUCACUUUGAAAAUGCUUCCCUGCGUCAAAAGCUCUCCUCUGUGAACAAGUAUAUUGAUGAACUGCAGCAACUUAUGAACAACCAGUUGCAAACUGCAUUCAAACUGAGCAGACCUCCUGAGAAUGGCUCCUGCUCUUUGUUGCUAGAUGCUGGAGGACACAGUUGGAUUGACAAUAUUACAGGCAACCAGGAUGGGGAGAACUGCCCAAGUCGAGCUGCGCCAGUGUCUAUGAGAAUUCCACUGUCUCAUGUAGAUGAUGAAGAUGAUGAAAAUGGAAGAGGCAAAGGAACUGGCAUCUCCACACACUUGCAAACAGUUCCUUUAGGUAUACCAGCACCUGCUUGUGGCGAGUCUCAGAAGAGUGUGCCCACCUCCAUUGUGGAGAAGCCCCCCUCUUCUCAUCUCAUGGAUGUAGUAUUGGCAAGCCGUGAAAACCAUGGUCACACAUUUAGCAAAGUGGAUGGCACUGCUGUGGCACUUGACGGGGGGACAAUUUUUGGAGACAACCUUUUGAGAGCAUCACAGAAUUCCAGGAGUUGCUCGCUGUCUGCCAUGAAUCAGAGUUCUCCUCAGCAGUGUGAGGUGACUACAAGACCAUGCAGUGACAGUAUGUUGUCAUGUGGGCACGUGACCAAGAGAAAGAAACGCAGAACAGGCUUAUCAGCUACAUUUGGAGAUGAUUCUCAAAUGGAGCCAUCGGAUAGCAUGCCACUUGGUGACUUGCAGUGGACAAAGGAAUCGGAGCUGGCUGCUAAAGAGUAUCUUGAAGUUAGUCAAGUUGGUGAGCUUGUGACCCUGAACACCAAGAAUAAACACUCUGAGAAGAUCAAAGCCAAUAAAAUCAAAGCUGUAAAAAAAUUGAGCACUGGGACCGAAAGCAGAGACUUUUCCACCAGCCAACCUAAAGUGCAUUUGGAUAAUUAUAACAAUGGAAGAAUGGAUACUUCUGCUGCAAUCCAAUGCAAAACCAAUGAAUCAAGUGGUACCAAGAUAAAAAUUCCCAAGCCUGCAUGUCACACUGAAGAUUCACGUUGCGUGGAUUCUCUGGAUGAAACAGUGCCACUGGACAGCCAUGGUCAGAAAGAGCAGUAUAGUACCAACCCCCGAGAUAAAACCAUAAGGAGCAGAAGAACCUAUGUAGUGGACCAGAUUGCUCCAAACCAUGUAGGUGACUGCAGUGCUUUGACCGAGGAAAUUAAAAAAAGAACAUUCUUGGAAAAAAUGAAGAAUCCAGAAAGUCAGUUCGAAAACCCAGAGACUAGCUCAUUAAGCAAUAAAAUACGAGAUGCAAAAAGCUAUGCCUGCGGUGUGACACAUACUUCCCAGUGUUCUAAUAAAUCCAAGAGUUGCAGAAGGACCUAUGUGGUGGACCAGACUGCUCCAAACCAUGUAGGUGACUGCAAUGCUUUGACCCAGGAAAUAAAACGAAGAACCUUUUUGGAAAAAAUGAAGAACCUAGAAAGUCAGUUCCAAGACCCAGAAACUAGCUCAUUAAAUAAUAACAUACGAGAUGAAAAGAGCUUUGCCUAUGAUGUGAAGCAUACUUCCCAGUGUUCUAAUAAAACCAGAGGUUGCAGAAAGACCUACGUGGUAGAUCCAGGUCCCCUAGAUCAUAAGAACGAUUGUGCUCCUGUUGCACAUGAAGCUCAAGAAAAGACACACUUGGAAAACCUAGAGGAUCUAGGAAUUUGGUUUCAAAGCCCAGAGCAUAGCUCAUUAAACAAUAAAACAUCACUGCUUGCUCUUGGUACACAACAGUUGGUUAGUUUCAAGAAGCAGAACCCAAACCAAGAAGCAACUCUGGAUUUGAAUGUGAAGCGUAAAAAAACAAGGAGAAAGACCCAAGAUAUUGGUGUAUCACAGGAGAUCAAUGAGAUGGAGAUACAAAGCUUAAAUGUUAAUAUGCACUCUAAAAUUCAGCCUCAAGAAAAUAAAGCUAAAAAAUGCCACAAAGGCAAAACAGCUAAAGUGGGCAGAGACAGCACCCAGAAAGAGCAUUGCAGAAGCAGUGUUGAUGUGUUUGGUCUGAGUGGAAGUGCUCAAAGAGCCAAUAAAAAGAAAAGGAAGAACUUGAGAGUUAGCUGUCAAUCAACAAAUCAAGCAGAUGCAGCCUCAAUUUUCCCUCUAGGAAGUGCACAAUCUGCAUUUCAAGAUUCACUGGAUGAUUCUCCUUUUGACAGUGUCCAUAGGAACUCUGCUAAUGCUAUUCCAAAGAUUCAGGAUUUUUUGACUACUGAGAACAGCUGUUCUUUAAACAAAAGAAAUAGCAACUCCUCAAAGAAGAAAUGUUGGGGUGCCAACCACCAUGAAAUUGACUUGGAGAAAAGGGAAGACUCCACGCUAAGGUUAAACAAGAGAAUAUCCACUGUAAAUGAUGUGACAGAAGAGUGUGCAGUUUCUGUCUUUGCUCUUCAAAGUCCAGAGGGAUGUAAAACCACUUCAGCAGAUCAGGCAGGAUGUAGCUUUCUCAAAGUUCCAGGUUCCAAGUCUUGGAGAGAUUCUUUCCUUAAGAAUGUUAUUGAGGCUCCACUUCUGGCUGAUUCUGUGGCUUUAUGUCCGACCACUCCUGAUUCUUCUGCAGGUGGUCAUUCUAAGACCUUCUUACCUGGUUCUUUUAGCUCUGGUCGUUCACAUGAUGCACUUCAGACUGCUAAAGAUCAGGUGAGCCUGGAAGGAUACUUUCCUUUGCCCCAAACCUCAAUAGCCUUCAACAAAAAGGAUACUAAGUGGGCAGCUUCUGACAGAUGUGAGAAAAAGACAGUACAAGCAAUUCCUGAAACAUCACUACAGAACAUAGCACCACAAGGAAAUGGGAACAAGGUACUGAAAGAUUUGACCAAUGCCAGCCGAGUUUCCUGCAAUUCCGUCCCUCUAGAAACAUGUUCAAAACGCCCAAGUAGACGGAGACAAAGAGACAUUUGCUACGCAGAGCCCAGGCUCAAUAGCAAACUGAGGCGUGGUGACCCUUACACAGAUACUGACUUCCUUAGCUCCCCUUUGUACAAAAUGAAAAAUAAGAAAUUGGCUAAAGGAUCUGGAAAGGCCAAGAAAACCAAAGAGGAGGAAAUUCAGCUUAGUUUAGAUUUCACAGCUGUUCCUUAGGAAUUGUGUUACUCUUUUGUAUAACUUGCAGGUCAACAGUAUUUCCUCUUUUUUAAUUUAAUACUUCCAUUUCAAAAAUAAAAAUUCCUCCCCAAAUUUGCACUGAAUUCU